CGGCGCUCUUUGUCUGGCGUGGGGGCGGGGAGCCGCGCCUGGCCCCAGGAGCUUCCUGGCCUCUGCCAACCCCUCGCUCCUGCACACUGCGCUCAUUGUCUGAGAUGCGCCGAGACGGCCUGCGCUGACGUGGUCCCUGUGUCCCGGUCCCUGUGUCUGCAGGAAGGAGUGACCAUGAGUGGAACUCGGGGCAUUUCCGCCAUCUCUCUCCAGGACUAGACACCCCCCCCCCAACCCUGAACAAGGGACUGGCCUGGACAGAGCAUUGGAGUCACCGAGCUAUUGCUCCUCGUCCCCCCAGCCAAAAUGGGACAAUUUCUCAUUCCUCCUUCCUCUCAGCCCCGCAAAACCUAACCCCGGUAUCAUCAAAUAGUAGGGUCUGGAGCCCGUAGACCUUCUCUUGGGAAGCACUGCCUCUAACAAAUGGAGAAACUGAGGACUGGAGGGCGGGGGGCCUGUCUGAGGUCACACAGCCAGGAAUGGCACAGCUGGGGCUGGCGCCAAGUCCAGUGGGGAGGACAGAAAAGGAGAGCUGGGAGUGUCCACUCUCCUUCCACCAGCAUGGCGUCUUCACAGUACCGCCAGCUGCUCAGUGACUACGGGCCACCAUCCCUAGGCUACACCCAGGGAACUGGGAACAGCCAAGUGCCCCAAAGCAAAUACGCGGAGCUGCUGGCCAUCAUUGAAGAGCUGGGGAAGGAGAUCAGACCCACGUACGCGGGGAGCAAGAGUGCCAUGGAGAGACUGAAGCGCGGCAUCAUUCACGCUAGAGGACUGGUUCGGGAGUGCUUAGCAGAAACGGAACGGAAUGCCAGAUCCUAGCUGCCUUGUUGGUUUUGAAGGAUUUCCAUCUUUUUACAAGAUGAGAAGUUACAGUUCAUCUCCCCUGUUCAGAUGAAACCCUUGUUUUCAAAAUGGUUACAGUUUGUUUUUUCCUCCCAUGGUUCACUUGGCUCUGAACCUACAGUCUCAAAGAUUGAGAAAAGAUUUUGCUGUUAAUUAGGAUUUGCAUUUUAAGUAGUUAGGAACUGCCCAGGUUUUUUUGUUUUUUUAGCAUUGAUUUAAAAGAUGCACGUAAAGUUAUCUUACAGCAAACUGUAGUUUGCCUCCAAGACACCAUUGUCUCCCUUUAAUCUUCUCUUUUGAAUGCAUUUGUUACCCACGGUGUUCUUUGUUCCUUUUCAUAAGCUAACACCGCUCUAGGGAUUUUGUUUUUAAUGCAUAUUGACAGCACCCUUUACUUAGUAGCUGGCUCCCAUUUGCCAUACAGUGUAGGUUCUGCUUAAUGUAACUUCUUUUUUGCUUAAGCAUUUGCAUGACUAUUAGUGCUUCAAAGUCAAUUUUUAAAAAUGCACAAGUUAUAAAUACAGAAGAAAGAGCAACCCACCAAACCUAACAAGGACCCCCGAACAUUUUCAUACUAAGACUGUAAGUAGAUCUCAGUUCCGCGUUUAUUGUAAGUUGAUAAAAACAUCUGGAAGAAAAUGACUAAAACUGUUUGCAUCUUUGUAUGUAUUUAUUACUUGAUGUAAUAAAGCUUAUUUUCAUUAACAAUUUGUAUUAAAA